AUGGACUUCAGACCAGUGGGACUUCAGACCAGUGGACUUCAGACCAGUGGGACUUCAGACCAGUGGGACUUCAGACCAGUGGGUCUUCAGACCAGUGGGUCUUCAGACCAGUGGGACUUCACACCAGUGGACUUCACACCAGUGGACUUCAGACCAGUGGACUUCAGACCAGUGGACUUCAGACCAGUGGACUUCAGACCAGUGGACCUCACCCACAGCUGCCAGUGUGUGGCAGCCAGCAGCGGCAGUGGAGGCUGGUGUGAGAUUAGUGAGGAGAGGGCUCUCCACAUCCUGCACGGCAGAGCUGCAGCCAACGUCCUCAGUGCCGAGCUGUGCCGAGCUGUGCCGAGCUGUGCCGAGCUGUGCCGAGCUGUGCCGAGCUGUGCCGAGCUGUGCCGAGCUGUGCCCACUGCCAGCCCGGGACUGAGAUGA